UCGAUAUCAAGUGAUUUCAUAUGACAGUAAAAACAAAGACGCAUUUAUUUUAAAUGUCACAGUUCCAUUUCUAUUGAAUUCAAACUUCACAUUGAGCAUGAGAGUAAGACAUUGAUAUAAUUUUGAGGAUUUGAAGUUCAUUGAGAGUUUUAUUUUAUUUUACAGACUACAAUACUCAGUAAGGAUCUCCUAUUUUCUAAUCUAAUCUUUAGUCCAAAAAUCACUUUGACAAAGACUAAUGUUGAACAAUACUUAAUUUCAGGCACAGAUUAUUACAACUAUGCUGUCAUUUAUGGAUGUGGAAAUUUUGGAAUUUUCUCGGUUUCCUAUGUGCUUAUUCUCAGUCGAGCAAACUACACACUUAAAAAGGAGUCAGUAACGACUGUAAAUCGAAUAUUGACAGCUAAUAAACUCAAUAUGGUUAUACUUUACCCAAGUUCAAAAAGCAGCUGUAGUAAUUAUUAAAUAUAAUGGAGCAUAGCCAUAAGAUUCUUCUUAGAUUUGUAACGGAAGAUUGAAGAUAAAAAAAAGCUCUCGAGAUAAUCAUUGUUGAACAUUGAAUGUCCAUCAUUGAGCCACAACAAUCGUUAAUCAAGUUUUAUCACCCAUGCAGUAACGCAUGGAGUCUUGAUUUGGGUCGAAACAAGCAUUUUAAUCCUGUACUACGACUGGAUUUCACUCCAUUUACAAGAUUAGAUCCAGUGAGUCAUCGAAUCAUCCCAUCUUUCAAGUUUAAAGUCAAAUUGGAUGAUUCUUUAGAGAUAGCAUCGCUUGAUUUCAUCAAUUCGUUAGCAGAGUCAUUUGAGAUAUCUCUAAAUAGUACAGUGUUGCAAGUUCAUCCAUUAAUUAAUGUAGCCAAGUGGAAAUUUAGUCGAGACACAAACCGGAAUCAAAUUCAAAAGUUUCCGUUACAGAUUGAUCACGUGUUAAGAUUAUUAAGACCUAAAUUUCGUGCUACAGAUUUGCGUUUAAUAAAUUACCAUUUUGCAAUAAUAAAAAAAGAUUUUUAAAAAAUCAAGUGCUGUUGCUCAUUAUUUGUACGUAAGAUUUGUUAUGAGUUAAACCAAUAUAUAAGAACUUGUCAUCUUUAUUUUAUUACACUGGUUUGAUAUGUAGAAGCCAUCCAAUGAUUUGUCAUUUUUCCUGUUUUUUUGUGAACUUGAUAAAAAUGUUUCAACCUUUUGUACUUCCUUUAAUUAUUGUUUUACACAUUUUUUGUCAACUCGUAAGUUGUGAGAACCUAGUUGUCAAAAAAAAAGUCUGCAUGUUAUUAUGUUUGACACUCCAAUUAGAUUAGGUCAGAUUUCUAUAUAAAUAGCUUCAAAGUAUCUCCGAAAGCUUUAGUCAUAGGAUUCAGCUUGAAUAAUCAUGAAAGGACUCCAGUUAAAAGUAUUUUUUAUAAUAUGCUUAUUUGCAUGUCUUAAUGCACAAAUGCAAGAUCCUGGAAUGCAAGGUGGUGGAGGUGGAUAUCCAGGUGGUCCAGGUCCUGGAAUGCAAGGAGGUGGUGAUCCAGGAAUGCAAAAUGGUCCCCCGGGGGGAGGAGGGGGUUAUCCAGGAGGUCCAGGAGGUCCAGGGGGUCCAGGGCAAGGUGGGGGUUAUCCACAACAAGGUGGUGGACCAGGAAUGCAGGGACAACAAGGAGGGGGAUAUCCUCAACAAGGUGGAGGGCAAGGAGGAAUGCAAGGUGAUCCACAAGGUGGGGGUGGGGCAGGAGGAGGAGGGGGUCCACCCCCCGGAGGAGCUGUACCAAGAACUAAGCCAUGCUUAACAGUGCCAGCACCAGAAGGUCUUAAUUUUACAGGAAUAGCAAAUGGUAGAUGGUACGUGACAAAAGCGUAUUUUGAUUUAGUAUCAAAUAAGCCUGAAGUUGCACCAGUAUGCAUUUAUGUGGAUAUUUCAUCACAAGGAGGUGUUGAAGACCUAAACAUAGCCUUAAUCUCACAAGGAGUCUACAAAAACUUGUCUGGUCCAAUAAAUAACAAAAAUUAUGGUGAAUUUACAACAACAAUCACUUUGCCAGGAAAUCCACCAAUUCCAUUGCCAAUGAAAACAACAAUUAUCGACAAUGAUGGAGAUAAUGCUCUAUUCUACACUUGCGGUGGUCAACAAGGCUUCUAUAUUCACAUGGGAAUGAUUGUGAGUCGUCAAAAAACAGCAGAUCCACUCUUCGUGAGUAAAUCAGAUCCAAGAAUUAAAUCUAUGGAGUUCAAAAUGGACGGAACUGUUGUAACCAACCAGAACUGUCCGAGUUAAGUCAUUAGUAAUCUGUAAUUUAUGUAAACUUUUACUUAAAAUAAAAAUUUGAGAAUUUUUGUAAAUUU